AUGGGUUAUCAGGAAUCAUUGAGGACCAUCUCGUACCUUCAGAUGAACAAUAACAACAAUGGCAUGACAUUGCACGGCGUUGGAAGAAGCACGUUAACAACGCGCCCCAAUGCCAUCAGCGUAUCUCUUCAAUUAAGCCUGCAAGAAGCUAAGGAGACGAAUCGUGUUACCUGCGGUGUGUAUCAGGCAGCAAGAAGACUAGAAGAAAGUUCAGACCACGUAAUGCUGUGUGUAUUGGCGGCGGAUACCUUGGAUAACCUGGAGCUAUGUAUUCAUUUCACACUAUUAGAGGCAUACUGUUGGGAGAACGACAUACAAGUUAUUAAGGUUGAUUCGGCGACCAAGCUUGGAAAACUUCUUUUAGGCGACAGUCUUCCAGCAAAUGACAACGACUUCGCUGCUGGCCGCAGUAAUAACGCGCAAUCUCUGGAUUGUGCUUUGGUAGAGUUUUCGAAGGAAAAUAACAGCCCGGCAGAUGAAGAAGUUUUAACAUUUUCCAAAGCCAGUGAAGGCGUCUUACCUAGACCAGUCAUUGACCUUCCGGAAUGAAGAGAGCCAGCUGGCUGCUGUCUUCUCAGCACUGCGUCCCAGCAAACGCAGAAUAUGGCCCCUGUUCCGCGCGGGAUUAGACAACGGCCCAGUCCGUUCCAGUGGCAUGCGCUUGCGCAGUCCAUGUGUAUUCGCCCACGGCGUCUCCAGAAUGGAGGGCACCAUCGCCUAACAAUUGAGGGCACCAUAGUCACCAAUUCCCUGGUUAUAUGCCAUUUUGAAGGAUGGAACUACACUGUAACAUACAGGCAUCCUUGCAGAAUUACAAUACUGGAUUAGGGGUCGUUUGCCCCCAGAAAAAAAAACCGGACGACACAUUUUAUAUUUUCGGUUGAGCAUCCGAACGAUUUGUGAGAAUGUUUGUUGACAGUUUUGCUAAAUUCUUCAAUUAUACUCGCCGUUGGAAAGAGCUUCUAGCGUUUAU